AUGCAAGAUCCGAUCGAGAAGACCGCUGCUCCGACAGUGCAGAGCGCCGACUCCGAGCUUGGCCAGUUGAAGGCAAUCCCGCUGGAAGACGGCAAUGAGUAUGCAGGCACGUCAGGCAGCGCCCCCAAGGGUCAACUGAGGCGCAAGUUCAAAACCCGCCACGUUCAGAUGAUCGCUCUCGGGGCCAAUAUCGGCAGCGGUGUAUAUGUCAGCUCAGGCAAGGCACUUCGCUAUGGCUCGGCUCCUGGUAUGAUCAUCGGCUAUGGCCUGAUCUGCACCAUGGCGAUGAUGAUGUUGAACAUCUUGUCGGAGGCACAAUGUCUGUUCCCAACGAGUGGCAGCUUCAUCGACCACGCGUCCCGGUUCGUCGACCCGGCCUUGGGGUUCGCCAUCGGCUUCGCUGAAUGGUUUGGCGCUCUCACCGUCGUAGCAGCCGAGGGGGCCGUCGUCCCUGUCGUGAUCAGCUACUGGACCACUUCUGUCCCUGCCGCAGCCUGGUAUACCAUUUACCUGGUGAUUGUGCUUGGUCAGCACGUCCUCCCAAACCGCGUAUUUGCAGAAUUCGAGUUCGUCACCGGCGCCUUGAAAGUCUCCAUCACCUUCAUCGUCCUCUUCGUCAUGUUGAUCAUCUGCUGCGGAUAUGGUGGCAGUGCCAUCGAUCGAGGCUACAAUUACGAACAUCUGUCCGCCUUCCCCAACGGCUUCAAGGGCGUGGCUAUCGUGUUUCUGCUGGCGGCCUGGGCCACGGGCGGGCAGGAAAUCAUUGCAAUUGCUUCGGGAGAAUCUGCAUUUCCGCGAUGGGACCUGCCUCGGGCAUCCAAAAAUCUCCUGGUUCGCAUCUUUUUGAUAUACAUGUCUGCCUGUGUUUACAUUACUGUCCUGGUUCCGUACACAGAGCCAGGUCUGCUCGGCAGCAGCAACGUGGCGGCGUCGCCGUUCAUCAUUGCAAUGGGCAAAGUGGGCAUCAAGGUCCUUCCCGACAUUGUCAACGUGGUGCUUCUGAUCGGCCUGGCAGGCAUCGGAUCGGAGUCCAUGUUUAUCGCGUCCCGAAUCCAGACUGCCAUGGCACGCAUGGGCAUGUUUCCAGCCAUCUUCGGCAAGGUUGACUCCCUCGGACGACCGCUCUACUCGAACCUCACCUGUGCCGCCAUCAGCAUCGUCAUGACCUACAUCAAUUGUUCCACCGGCGGCGCCAUUGCCUUUGCAUGGUUCAGCUCCGUGUCGGCCACGACCACCUUCUUUGCAUGGCUGACCAUUCCGAUCACCAAUUUCUGCAUGCACCGUGCUCUGAAGGCGCAGAGCGACCCGGCGCUUGAGAUGAAGCACGCGUUCAAAGUGCCGUACUUUCCACUCGUGCCAGCACUGCUCUUCGGCUGUACCCUCUUCACUCUGGCUUGCACCAUCUACACGUCGGCCAGCCCGAUCAGCGAUGCACCAUCCGCGAGUAUCUUUUUCCAGAACAUGCUCUGCAUGCCUUUGUUUUUCUUUGCCUACUUCGCUUGGAAAUUGUGGUUUAGGACCAAGUUGCAGGACCCGGCCACUGCCGACCUAAAAAGCGGUCGACGACACCUCUCGGAGGAGGACCUGGCAACUCUGGACGCGUACUAUGCGCAGCCAUGGUGGAAGAGACUGUUGAGCUAUGUCACUUUCUAA